AUGGACAUUGUUGAUAUCCCAGGCUUUGAGCUCACGGCAGACGACUAUGCCAGAAAGCAAAAGGCUCUUGUCCGCAAGAUCGAUUUUAGGCUCAUGCCUUGUCUUUUGGGCAUGAUUGUGCUCAACUACCUUGACCGCAAUGCUCUUCCCAACGCGAGAAUCCAAGGCAUCGAGAAAGAUCUAGGACUUAAAGGUGAUCAAUUCAAUACAGCGAUCUCUGUGCUGUUUGCUGGUUAUAUUGCACUGCAGAUUCCUUCGAAUAUGCUGUUGACGAGAGUUCGCCCUUCUAUCUACCUCCCUGUCUGCAUGGCUCUCUGGGGUGUAGUCUCUGCUUGUACCGCUCUUGUACACGACUUUGAUGGCUUGGUCGUUACAAGAUUCUUCCUUGGAUUCAUGGAAGCACCUUACUUCCCUGGCGCCCUGUUCUUGCUCUCUUCAUGGUACACUCGUAGAGAGCUUGCCACCCGUACUGCAGUCCUGUACACUGGAAGUCUCUUGUCCAGCGGUUUUGGCGGCCUCGUCGGAGCCGGUGUCCAAUAUGGCUUGGACGGUGCUCGCGGUCUAGAGUCUUGGAGAUGGUUGUUCAUCAUCGAGGGCUGUGUGACUGUGGCUUUUGCCUUGACUUGCAUCAUGAUCCUGCCCGAUUUCCCUCACACCACCAGAUGGCUUUCCGAAGAAGAAAAAGCAAUCGCCACAUACAGACUUCGCGACCGCAACGGCAACGACGAUGCAGAGAGAGGCUCGCUACUCUCAGGCGUCAGAAUGGCAGUUACAGACUACAAAGUCUGGCUUCUUGCCGGCAUCGUCAUCACCAAAACCUCCGCAGCAGCCGUUACCUCCUUCAUCCCCACCCUGGUCAAAACCUUCGGCUACAACAAGAUCAACUCUCUAUUGCUUGUCGCUCCCCCCUACGUCUUUGCCGCUUUCUGCGCCAUGGGCAUUUCCAUCUCCAGUGACCGUCGUCAAGAACGUUAUGCCCAUCUGGUUAUCCCUCUGGCUUUUGGAAUGAUUGGAUAUAUAAUUGCUGCUGCAACUACGACACUGGCUCCGAGAUAUGUAUCUCUGUUCUUGAUGUUGGGAGGUGUGUAUGGAGGGUUCAAUGUGGCUAUUGCGUGGAUUUCGGCUACGUUGCCGCAUCCGAUGGAGAAGAGGGCUGCUGCUUUGGCUCUUACAAACAUGGUCGGCAACUUUGCCCAAAUCUACUCGCCUUAUCUCUACGAGAAGAAAAGUGGUCCUCGCUACCUUCCUGCCAUGGAAGCAAAUACUGUCUUUGUCGCCGUGUCCAUUAUUCUGGCUACUAUCCUGCGCUUCUGCCUCGUCCGCGAGAACAAGAAACUCGAGCAAGCAGAGAUUGAGCAGAUUAACCUCGAUAUGGGUGAGAAGAGCGCGGUCGAGCACAUGGAGGUCUCACAAGUCAGCCCUGCGCCAGGGUUGAGUCCUGGAUUCAGAUAUUUGCUUUAG